AUGAUACAUCGGGGAAGUGGUGCAUACUCAUGCCGUCACCGGGCAGUAAAACCAUGGGACGGUUUUGGAGUGAGAAGUGCCUUUGAUAAUGGGGCAGUUAGGGCUUCGAACUGCGCUUUUGAUGUGGUGUUGAUCGUUCUUUCGGAUCUUGUUAAGGAGCCUAUUUACGUUUUGCUUUCGAUGAAUGGCUGUGGAACGAUUAAAGCAAAAGCAAAAAUUCCAAUAUUGUCGAGAUAUGCUGAUUUGAAAGAGUGGCGUGGUGAAGAUUAUGGACCAGUUACGUGUGAAGAGUUGUCGACGCUACGGCGCAAUUCAGUGAUCCUUUUCGAGAGUGAACUGCAUCCGGGCAAGAUAUCCGAAUGGACACUCAGAACUGAUCCGAGUCGUGAAAUUAAGUAUUAUAUUUGCGUUUUGUGCAGACGUCUUCAGGUAUUGUUUGGUGUUGGUUUGUGUUUAUCGAUGUUUUGUUUUGGAUUUUUGUAG